AUGGAUGCAAAAUUCACUAACUGGUCAGCCGAAAAUGCAACCAACGCAUUCCUCGAAACCUUAACCUUGGGGAUUAAGAGGCCUAAUGACGAGCCAGACGUAUCAGAGUUCAUCUCAGCAAUCUCAGCAGGAAACGAUGCACAACUCAUGGUCGUCACGUGUGGCGAGGACACGAGCCCUACGACACUACUAGCCCUAGUAGCCGCGGCUCACCAAACCGGUGGCCGUGUUGUUUGCAUCUUUCGCGACGUUGACGGAUUAACAUCAACCAUGCAAACCCUUUACCAAUUCCCAACAACAACAACAACAACAACAACAACAACAACAACAAACCCUAUUGAGUUUGUUGUUGGAGAUGCAGAGAGGCUAAUAUUAGAAGAUUAUAAAGAUGCGGACUUUGUGUUAAACGAUUGUAAACUUAAAGACCACGAAACAAUUCUACGUGCAAUGCAACUUAAUAGUGGGAGGAAUAAUAAUAAUUGUAAAGGUGCUAUAGUUUUGGGUUGUAAUGCAUUUUGUUCAACCUCGUGGGAAUGGGCCGGGGUUAGGACCCAAUUGUUGCCCAUUGGAGACGGGUUAUUGGUGACUAGGAUCGCGGGUUCUAAUGAGAGGAGAGAACGAGGGAGGGACGGGAUUUCUCGUCGUGGUAGUUUUGGGAGGAAGAGUAAAUGGGUUGUUAAGGUUGAUCAACAUACAGGAGAAGAGCACGUGUUUAGAGUUACAUGCCCUAAUGAGAACUAA